UUUUUGAAAAUUCAAACCAUCCUUCUCACAAGUCACAACCAGGACCCUUUUGGUGUUACUUCUUUUUUGCUGUCUGAAUCAGAUAAGAAACCACUUAUGUACAUUUGGGCAUAAAGUGUUACGUCGAAAGUUGAAGUCUUUAGCUGCUUUUGGUUUGUUUUAUAUAAGAGGGAAAUGCUCCCAAGCUGAGAUUUUGAGAGACGAAAAAUGGUGGUCAGGAAAGUGGGUAAGUAUGAAAUUGGGAGGACGAUCGGCGAAGGAACCUUUGCGAAGGUGAAGUUUGCUCAGAACACUGAGACAGGUGAGAGUGUGGCCAUGAAGAUAAUCGAUCGGAGUUCCAUCAUCAAGCACAAGAUGGUCGACCAGAUCAAGAGGGAGAUAUCAAUAAUGAAGCUUGUGAGGCAUCCCUAUGUAGUUCGUUUGCACGAGGUUCUAGCGAGUCGGACCAAGAUUUAUAUAAUAUUGGAGUUCAUUACGGGUGGUGAAUUGUUUGAUAAAAUCGUUCAUCAUGGACGUCUUAGCGAAGCUGAAGCCAGGAGAUUCUUCCAACAGCUUGUUGAUGGAGUGGAUUAUUGCCACAGCAAGGGAGUGUAUCAUAGAGAUUUAAAGCCGGAAAAUCUUUUGCUUGAUUCUCUUGGAAAUUUAAGAAUUUCAGAUUUCGGGCUGAGUGCAUUGCCUGAACAAGGAGUCAGCCUCCUUCGCACAACUUGUGGGACCCCUAACUAUGUUGCACCUGAGGUCCUCAGUCACAAGGGUUAUGAUGGUGCCGUGGCAGAUGUUUGGUCCUGUGGGGUCAUCCUUUAUGUUCUCAUGGCUGGAUAUCUUCCAUUUGAUGAGCUUGACCUGACCACACUAUAUAGUAAGAUUGAGAAAGCACAGUUCUCAUGCCCAACUUGGUUUCCAGUGGGAGCAAAAUCCUUGAUUCAUAGCAUUCUGGAUCCAAAUCCUGCAACUCGUAUUACGAUUGAACAGAUCAGAAAUGAUGAGUGGUUUCAGAAAAAUUAUGUUGCUCCCAAAAUAUUAGAAUAUGAAGAUGUAAAUCUGGAUGAUGUAAAUGCUGUCUUCGAUGAGACCGAGGAACAAAGGGAUAGCGAGCACCAGAGCAAUGAGGACAUGAGUCCUUUAGUUCUUAAUGCAUUUGACUUGAUCAUCUUAUCUCAAGGCCUAAACCUUUCAACAAUGUUUGACCGUGGCAAGGAUUGUAUGAAGUAUCAGACACGCUUUGUCUCACAAAAGCCAGCAAAGGUCGUACUAUCAAGUAUGGAAGUUGUUGCCCAAUCAAUGGGUUUCAAGACACACAUUCGUAACUAUAAGAUGCGAGUGGAGGGUCUUUCGGCAAAUAAAACUUCUCAUUUCUCCAUUAUUCUCGAAAUCUUUGAACUCGCUCCAACCUAUUACAUGGUAGACAUUCAGAAAGCUGCUGGAGAUGCUAGUGAAUUCCUCAAGUUUUACAAGAACUUUUGUAGCAAUCUUGAGGAUAUCAUUUGGAAACCGCCUACUGAAUCUAGCAAAUCGAAAAUCAGCAGGAGUAAAAGUAAAAAGCAUUGAUUUCUUACACAACAUCAUUUGCUUUCACUCCACGGUCAUUGCUCGACUUGUACUCGACAACGCUUUUGGAGGCAUGGCAUUAAGUUGAGGUUCUAAUCCGUAUACCUAUCUUGAUACUACUGUCCUUGUAAAAUAGGAUCCAGGAGAAAGAAAUACUAGGAAGAGACUUUAUUUUGGUUUUCUAGUGUAAGUUUGUAUCGAGUUGAUGUGUUGUCUUGCGGUCUUAGUGCUAUUUGUACAAGCUGACAGUUCUUUAUCGGAUUCAAGAAAUGUAGCUACACAGUUGACCAAUGAAAAUUACCCAAUUAGGGGUUUUAUA